AUGUCAUGCGCAUUAGAGAAUGUGGACGCUUGCCUGCCAAUAACGGCGAUUCAAGUCCUCAAAGUAUCUGGCCGUGAGCUCCUUCUAAGCGGCCAUGGCCCAUGCCUUGUCGUAAAUGACAACGCUACGGGCCGGUUGCUGCAGCGCUGCCAGAUUUUUCAAAGAAACAAUAUCCAUGGCAUCAAAAUCCUGGGCUUCGCUUCCGCCCAGCCGGGAUGUACAUACAAAAUAUUUGCUUGGGGAGGCCAAUCCCUCCGGUUAUUGGACCUAAAGAUAGCAGAGCACGCGUUAGAAAAAAGCAUCCUUUUGACAACCUCGAGCUUAGAGUUUACUUGCCCCGACUGGAUUUUGGAUGCCGACUUUUACACUUCCACUGAAGACGUUCCAGGCUCACCAAUGCACACAGGAUGUCUAAUCACGGCGCAUAACGUGAUCUUUGGCCUGUGUUGGAAAGACAAUUCAAACCAAGCAGGUUCUAUAUUUCGGCUUUAUGAGAUAGCCUCUGAGCUGAAGCCAAUCCUGUACUCUGCUGACAUCGCUUGGAUCUCUCCUGCCCUUAUUUUGGUUGCUUCUGGCACCGUUUUCGGCGAGAUUAUUGUUUGGGAAUGUCAUAUACGCACACACUCUGCAGAACAUAAAUUUUCAGAUUAUUCAAUACGUAUCAGUCGCUACUUUUCUGGCCACCAAGGCUCAAUAUUCGGCGUUAACAUUUCCAAGGAAGUACAUAUUCCAGGUGAAACAUUGGCCCGGCGGUACUUGGCAAGUUGCAGCGAUGACAGAACUAUAAGAGUCUGGGAUAUAUCUACCUGCUGCUCCUCUCAAUAUGAGGGACGAAAUGAUCCUUUUAGGAGUAGGACGUCAAACUCAACCGGAUUUGGGCUAUCGGCCGACGAUAUUCCUAACCAGGAAGCAUGCAUAGCAAAAGGAAUGGGGCAUGCAUCUAGAAUAUGGGGAGUUUACUUUCUAGACAUAUGUCUGCUUCAAGCUACUUUAGUAUAUAAUAUCCUAUCUCGUGGAGAAGAUGGAACCUGUCAACUCUGGAAGUUUGAACUCCAACCAGAGAAAAUGGAGACAGCCCUUCCUGUCACAAUCGAUCAUAUAUCAACUCACACAUAUCACACUGGCAAGAAUAUAUGGGCAAUAGCCAUCGACGACGACGAUGCUGAAGUUUUUAAGGUUUAUUCAGGUGGUGCCGACGGCCGUUUAGUCUCAUUCACUCUUGAUCGGAAUGGUGCUUGCUUGCAAAUUUUAGGUGAACUUUCUGGUGGGUAUUCAGCUGAUGAGGUCGUCAGUCAGCUAGGAUUGAAACACAAGUGUUUUGAGGGGAGCGCACAAAAAGAAGGAAGGUUUGCUCAUUAUGCUUUUGUUUCUGAUGUCAGCUUCAUUGCAAUUACUCUUCAGGGAAAAUUACUCCUUGGGAGUCUGUUACCUGUGCCUCGAAGCAAAAAAGAAAUGAUGGUGUCUUGGAGUAUGGUAACAACACUUGAAGGGGCUGCAGCGCAAUACGUCAUUUCUGGGAACCCCAAAGAACAAGUGGGAAUUAUCGGAGCACCAAACGGUAUGAUAUGGCUGUAUUACUUGCCCACCAAUUCAAUUAGGAACGUUCUUCAGACGGAAUCGAAACCAUCGGGGAUAUAUGCAAUGGACGUGCCAUCAUACGUCCCAUCCGCACCCGGGGCUUCAUACACCUCUUUUGUUACCACAUUCGUUAACAGUUCAACAGCAAUUUUCUUUACUCUGCGAACAGAUCCUGAUCCUGAGUUACUUUCUGAAAUAACAGUGAAUCUGCCCCCAAGUUUUCUGGUCACAGCCGCACUGUAUAUCAGAGCUACGUCCUGGUUGGUUCUAGGCUCAAGGCAUGGAGACAUUGCGAUAUAUCAUAUGAGCCCCCUUUUAGAAUCUGGCCUAGCCAACUGUACCUUCCUUGCUUCCUCCCUUCAUGGCAACGAUGCCAUUACCUCCAUCAUCGCCCUAGGGCAACCUACUGGGCAACACGAUCAUAGCCACGUCGUUACUACGGGAAGGGAUGGCUACUACCAGCUUCACUCCAUUCACUCUAGGGAUUCAGCAUCCAAGUUAAUCACUCUUCGUACUCUUCACAAAGCCAGUCCUCCUUUUGGCCCGAAUGUUGAAGGCGCUACUUUAGAUAACGAAACAAAUGAUCUAAUCCUGUAUGGUUUCAAAGGCAUUUACUUCAUAGUGUGGAAUGAAUCGGCGCAAACGGAACUAAUGGCAGCAAACUGUGGAGGCUGUCACCGUGUCUGGACAUACAAAACAGACUACGGAGGGAGAAAAACGUGUGUCUGGACCAAAGCUUCCCGGCUACAUAUGUUUUCAAGCGCCAAUUCUUCUCAUCGAGUUGUAUUGGCUGGGGGACAUGGCCGGGAAAUCAAAUCAGCCUCUAUUAUGAGCCUUCCGCCAGGCCCACAGGGAAUUCUUAGCAUAGUAUUUGCCACCGGAGCCGAAGAUACAACCAUACGCCUCUUUCUACCGCAGGCACGAAGCGAUAUUUUUUCUAAUGGAAUGUUCCGCUGUCAAAAAGCUUUAAAGAAGCACACAGCAGGUAUACAACACUUGCAGUGGUCGCCUUGUGGGAAAUUUCUUUUCAGUAGCUCAGGAUGCGAAGAGAUGUUUGUUUGGGGAAUACAGGUCGUUCCUAACUUUGGCAUUAGCGCUUUACUUUUAGGAGAGUGCCCGAAGAGCAAGCCUGUAUCUGAUCUUCGGAUUACGCAUUUUGAUAUACUUAAGCCUGGAAACGAAGAUGUCUUCCUACUGGCAUUAGUAUAUUCCAACUCCACUAUUGCGGUUCUCUACUGCGAUCCGAAUUUUGAAGACGGCUUUUUUAAACUUAUAGCACAGGGCCAGUAUUCUACCAACUGUCUCACGCAUGUCCGUUUUGUUAUAUCUGGUCGGCAGUCAUUUUUAAUUACAACAUCAACUGACGGACACAUCGCAUUGUGGAACUUAUCAGGUUUGGCUGACUUGAUAUUCAACGCAAACGGAAAAAGUAGUGUUCACCAAUCGAAAUAUAAAUUUCCAAUGGUACCCGUUGAGUUGAAAUACGGAAAGCGGUACGCUGUACACCGGAGUAGUAUCAAGGCUUUGGAAAUGCUCCAGAUCUCAGAAACCGAUUUUUUGGCAUUUUGCGGGGGCGAUGAUAAUGCACUGUCAGUCUCACGGCUUGAUUUUUCAGGAUCUGAGUCCGGCGAACAAGGGGAAUCAUACUCAUUCAUUUUGCUACCUCAAGCGCAUGCGUCCGCGAUCAACGCAAUAGCUGUAAUUGGAGAUAUCAGGCACCUUGAUGAUGGGUAUGAAGUUACCAUCGCAACUUCAGGCAAUGACCAGCGGUUGAAAAUCUGGUCUAUUCACGUAUGCGAGCCUAAAGAUAGGGCUAUUACCCUUACCCCAAAGAGAGACUUAUAUACCGCUGUUGCGGAUAUAUCAUCAAUGGAAGUAUUUACUGCCAAUGGAAACGGCCAAAUACAGCAGUACUUGGUAGCGUGUGGCGUGGGUAUGGAUAUAUGGCGAGUGAAUGAUUGUUGA